AUGGCACCGUUUCCUGAGCUUUGCUUCGAAGGCGAGCCAGCAGCUCCGGCAAUGAGCUCUGCUCAGAUGUAUGACAGCCUCCAAGCUUCAUUCGCUAUGUCGCUCAAUAUCGGCAAUCAUUUUCCGGAGGGUAUGAUGUCCACGACGACCCAGCCGCUCCAGCCGGUCAUACUCUGUAGUCCAAAGGAGGACGUUUCCCACUGUUUCAUGGCCCUCCAAUUUGCACUCGGGCCUGUUGAGUGCAGCCCCUGCAACCUGCCAUUAAACGCGGAGGGGGCUAUGGACUUGCCCGUGUCGUUCUACUUUGCUCACGAGCAAUACAAUCCUUGGUGGCCACCCCAGGCAACUGUCGAUGACAUCGGCAUCCCCUCCUUGGGCACUUCGGACUCCAUCGAGAGGUUUCCCAGGACGCCUAGUCAGUAUGUCGAACUCGGACCGCCACUCGAUUUCCCUCAGGAAACAGCACUGUUUCAGUCGUCCCAAGGAAUCCUCUCUCCAGUAGGAGGUUGGGAAGAAAGUACCUUUGCCGGAUCUCCUGACGCCGACAAUAUAGCGAGCCUGUGCAGUUCAGAAGCGACGCUUUUCUCACAAGUGUCUACAUCCGAGCCCGAUUCUUGUUACAAUGGCGUCAACGGACGCGAAUCAUGUGGCGACCCUUUCGGCUUUUGCGAUAAAGGAGCCGAGAAUGGCUAUGACCGCGGUAUCUGGUGGGAUGUUGUAUUAACCGAUGACGGCGAUGGCGAUGUUUCCAAAACGACUGCCGCAGGAAUCAGCUCGUCUGAGGUCGCCGACAGUCAGUACCAUUCACUCCCCUACAUAAUCAGGAUCACCAUCCAGAUGGAUGUUGGCCGAGCUGACAAAGACUUAUAG